AUGUUUUCUCGUCUCCUUCUUCCACUUCUCGGGCUCUUAAGCCUCGUAGCUGCAUAUUCCAAUCCAGGUUCUUGUUCUGGUAACUGUUAUGCACAUGAUCCAUCUUUGAUUCAACGUUCUAGUGAUGGCACUUGGUUCCAAUUCAAUACCGGGAAUGGUAUCGGGAUCUGGAAGGCCACGGCUCUUGCUGGACCGUGGACUUAUGUGGGUGAUGCUUUGAGUGGAGGGAGCAAGAUUGAUUUGACCGGGAACACUGAUCUUUGGGCACCCGAUGUUCAUCUCGUAGGCUCAACCUACUACAUGUACUAUGCUGUCUCCGCCUUCGGAUCCCAAAAUUCAGCAAUCGGAGUCGCAACCUCUACUACCAUGGAAGUAGGAUCAUGGACCGAUCGGGGUGCUACUGGUGUUGCUUCAUCAAGUGGCAAACUAUACAAUGCUAUUGAUCCCAAUCUCAUCCUGGUCGGCAGUACCUAUUACCUAAACUUCGGCUCAUUCUGGGACGACAUCUACCAAGUAGCCAUGUCAUCCACGCCCACCAAAGCCAGCGGCUCCGCCUCCUACAACCUGGCCUACAACUCCACCGGUACCCAUGCUGAAGAAGGAUCCUACAUGUUCUAUUAUUCGGGGUACUACUACCUGCUCAUCUCCUCGGGCAUCUGCUGCGGCUACGAUACCUCGAAACCAGCCUCGGGCGCUGAAUAUAAAAUCGUCAUGUGCAGAAGUACGAGCGCGACAGGAAAUUUCGUGGAUCAGAGUGGGAAGGCUUGUGCUGCUGGUGGAGGAACGACCCUUUUGGCUAGUCAUGGGAACGUUUAUGGACCGGGUGGACAGGGUGUCUAUCUCUCAUCCUCGGGACCAAUCCUCUACUACCACUAUGCAAAUCCUACGAUCGGGCUUGGAGAUGCGAAUUAUCGGUUUGGAUAUAAUUAUCUUACGUUUAGUAAUGGAUGGCCUGUUGUGUAG